UGACCAAGAAGACACCUAAAACACUGACGCAAGUAUCUCGUACCGAACUGCUCAAAAUUCUUCUCGAAUUUUCGUCGAGACUCGCAAAGACACGAGGUCGAGAACGCCGUAACCACGACGCAAAGGCUAUCUCUCGACGGCUCCCAGUUCCGAUCGAUUUCAUCGGUGAAAACGACGGAACACACCCCGCGCGAAACCCCAAUUCGUUGCUUCUCCCGAGGCACAUACGGGCAAUGCAUCCAUCAACCCUGUAACUCUCGGCACCCACUUUCUCGUCUUAGACGGUUCGGACGAGGGCACCCAACCACCGUGGGGGAAACAAGACACAAGCCAAGCCCUUCCCGCCCUCGUAAUUCAUUUCGCACGCGUGUGUCAUCUACCACAAUCGGAUGGGCCUCACCCAAAGCAAAUCCCCUCCUCCUCCUCCCCUCGACUACGGGCACGGAUACGGACACGACGCGCGUGGACAUGGGUACGGAUACGGGUACGGGUUCCGGCCGGGGAGGGCGGGCCAGUGGGAUCCCCAUCACCGCUCCCGCACGGGCCGGAAGAGCAGCAGCUCCUCCCUCCCGUUCUCGAGCAUUAGAAGCAACAGCAGAAGCAGCAGCAGAAGAAGAAGCGACCGCGCCUUGCUGGCUGCCGCCGCCGCCACGACGCCGUCCGUCCCUUUCUUCUCCUUCCAGCAGGGCUCCGAGCGCGCCCAGAACGUCCGCCACCCUUCCGAGGCGUCCCCCCUGCUGGGUCGGUACCGCGCCGUCCCGAGACCCGCCGCGGCCGCCCACGACGCCCUCGCCUCCUCGCUCCUGAAGGGGGGCGGCGGCAGUCGCGCCGCCGCGGGGGCGGGUCGGAGGACGGGAAGUUGGGGGACGGGACCGGUUGCACUGGGUGGUGGUAGUGUCGUCAGAGGAGGAGUAGGAGGAGGAGUAGGAGGGGGAGGAGGAGGAGGAGGAGGAGGGGGAGGGGGUGCGCAGAUGGGACUCCUCUCUGCCGAGCCUGGGUGGAGAGGCAGCGUGCAUGUCGGCUAUGGGGCUCUGAUUGCGGCCGCUGUGGAACGGGAAGAGGAGGAAGAGGAGGACGAAGAGGAGGGGCAUUACGGAGAAGACGAUGGUGAUGGCGCGGACGGGAGGUACUGUUGUUACUGUUGUUGUUGUUGCGGCACCGGUUGGGUUAAGCGGUUGCUGAGAAGGUUCACGGACACCUGGGUCGAUCCCAAGGCGAGUGUGGUCAAGAGGGUUGUGGACGUGUGGUGGAGCCGAUGGUUGACUCUGGUGGUGUUGCCUGCGCUGUUGGCCGUGGCGUGGGUUGCCGUGCCCUUCCCGCAGUACCCGCUACUCGAUGAAGACGACGACAACGGUGACGGCGCCGUGCAGCGACCCGGAGGGCCGCCACCCACUUCCGGAAGCAAGGUGCCAGGGCACGGCGCGGCCAGGGUGAGGGUGAACUUCUGGUUCUUCCUCUUCGUCUACUACAGCUUUUACAACUUGACCGCCCUGAUCUGGAUCACCAAGGUCUUCAAUCUCUACAGCCUAAACUGGUGGCCGCAGUCGCUUGGAUUUCCCAUCACCGUAUCCCUCAUCGCCGCCCUCUCGAUCGCGGCGCCGAUCCCCGUGUACCUCAUCCCGGAGUCCAGGUUCCUGACCGUCCACAACACGGCAUGGAUCUCGUGGACCUUUGUCAUUAUGGCGAUGCCCGUCGGCAUUGCCUUCUUAAUUCUCAUGACGAACGAGCGUCAUCUCAAACUUCGACGGUCGUUCUCCGAGACGCAGCGCAUUUUUACGUCCUCGUGGUGGGCGGGCGAGCCCGAUAGCGAGACGUCAUGGCGGGAUGGGAGACGAAACCGCGCCGUCGUGGGUCCUGAUGCUUUCGAUCCGAACCAGGAUGCACUGACGGUUGGAUACGUCGACGGCCGCCAUCACCGCGCCACAAUGCCCGUCAGGCUGCGCCGGCGAUGGCUCCCAGCAAGCUUCGUCCGCUUCGUCUGGUUCUGCCUGGCUUUAUCCAUCGGCUUGCUUGCGUACGUGAUAGGAGAGGCGUACGCCGAGAUAUACCUACGCACGCUACCGCACAACAACUUCGAGACCAUCGUCUACGUUUACGGGUGGAUAUCCACCGUCCAUCUUCUCGACUGGUUGACCGGCUGGAUCCUAGGGGGCAACGAAGGGGAGCGAGUCGGGAGCUACCCGCUGAGCUGGAUCUUCAAGCUGUACUUCAUGCUUACCUACCAGACCUACGUUCGUGCCCUAUAUGCUCGCUUGCGCAGCCCGUCGCAGUUCGUCAUGCUCCAGCUCCUCUCUUCGACGGGCCUCAUCAUUGUCACGCCGACGCUGAUGUCGGCCCCGUUCCACUGGUUCCUGACCGUCAUCGGCGUCAACGGCCAGAGCUACGGCGCGUAUCAGAAGAUGUGCAUCCGCAACGUCUUCAUCCGCUUCCUGGCCGAGAACGCCUCGAUGCUGACCUUCCUCGGCAGCGUCGUGGUCCUGCACUUUGGCGCCAACAAGGACGUCUACCCCUAUUUUGCCUUCGACGGCACCGAGGGCGUCGAGGACUACGACUUUGGCCUGACGUUCUACGCCUCGAGCAUCACCUGGGCCUGUGAGCUUGCCGCGAGCUUCAUCGUGGCCGGCCUGAUCGGCUGGAUCUACAAAGUAAGCGUGGUCACCGAGGGCAAGCUCGACUUCAUUGUCUGGCCCGAGCUGCUGCCCACCUGCGUCGCCGUGAUGCUGCACGUGCUGCAGAACAUGCUCUUCUCCAUCAUUAGGCUUCAGUUCCGAUGAGCUUUCCCUCCUAUCUGAGGGGCUGCCAAGAAUAAGGAGAAACGUGCCGCCAGGGAAGCGGAGGCAUUGGCGAUAACGAGAGCAAAUGUUGCUGGCCGGCCGCGCCUGUUGCGGUGGCAUCGGCAGCAUCUCCGUAUGCAGCGGGUCCAGCCUCUCACAGGUCGCCUUCCCUCCGCGUGGGAGAAUCGUGGGUCGCUAGACCCCUGAAAAUGGACCGAUCCGGCAAUCCGGUCGGUAAGGACGCCCAAAAGAGCCAAACCUGGCUGCUUAUUGUUGUACGGCUCAAUGAGCCCUUGUUUUCUUUUUUUCUUACCCUUUUUUUUGUUUCAUUUUUUUUGG